GGUAAUUCUUGGAUAUGGCAUUGGCUAUUGAGCUUGCUCUCUAUUGCACGCGGACCUCCGGAAAAAGACUCCAAUGCUCCUCUCGCGCUUUUCCCGUCACCAAUGUGAGUGCCUCUCGCAAAGCUCGAGUAGCAUUUUGCUUCCAAGAAGCGAAUUUGAGCCUUCUUACUGAAAGUCGGGAGGAAUCUCCGCCCACGGAAAGCAUACAAGAGCUGAGCGAUUUGCAGCUUCUCUGGAGAGCAGUGAAGCUCCCCAUCUAUUCAGUCGCGUUGAUACCUCUCUCGGUAGGCUCGGCUACUGCAUUUCUCGAGAGUGGAGCGUUUGAUGGUGGACAAUAUUCGUUGUUACUCGUAUCGUCAGUGCUCGUCAUCACGUGGUUGAAUCUAAGCAAUGAUGCAUUCGAUGCCGAUACUGGUGUGGACAAAAACAAGAAAGAAUCAGUUGUGAACAUCACUGGAAGCCAGCGAGGAGUAUUAUUAGCGUCGUUCGCUUGCCUCGCGUUUGGUUGUGCGGGACUUCUGAGAGCAGCCUUGGUCGCAUCCGAUAUAAGAGUAGCGUCUCUCCUUGCUGCAGCAAUCUCUUGCGGAUACAUCUAUCAGUGUCCUCCCUUUCGACUGAGUUACAAGGGACUGGGCGAGCCUCUCUGCUUUCUUGCUUUCGGGCCAUUUGCAACGACUGCAUUUUACCUCAGCCAGUCACACAAAGCGAUUCUUCCUUUAACACCCACACUGUGGGGUGCUUCCGCACUGGUGGGCAUCACAACCACGCUCAUUCUCUUGUGCAGCCACUUCCAUCAGGUACAUUGCAAAUAUUCGUCACCCGUGUUAUUCAUCCAAGCACAGAUCGAAGAUGACAAAGCUGUUGGCAAGAUCUCUCCACUGGUGAGGCUUGGCACGGAGAAUGGGUCGAAAGUUGUGACUUUCCUAGUCACUGGGCUGUAUACAGGGCUUUGUGCUCUAGCGGCUCUCAAAGCAUUGCCUCUGCCGUGUGCGGCUUUGUGCCUGCUCACACUCCCGGUUGGAAAAAUGGUUGUGGAUUUUGUCUCGUCAAAUCAUCACGACAAGAAAAAAAUAUUCCUUGCCAAAUACUUUUGUGUUAGGCUUCAUAUUGCUUUCGGCAGUGCUCUAGUUCUGGGGAUGCUCUUACGAGCAUGGAGAUAGACUUGGUACCUUUUUUUCUCUUGAUUCUAUGUAAGUUUUUACUCACUUUUCGACUAAUGUUUUUGUGAUGCCAAGUACCAUGUAAGAACUGGGGCCUGAUCGAAGCUUCAAAUUUGGGUGGAUCAUAUAUCGCUUGAGCUUUGCAUCUCCAAGCGCGGAAAAAGAAAGCAUAUGCAAUGCCUUAACUCACGACCUCUCGCUUACAGCACUACCAGUAUGCUAUGAAAGGCUUAAGCAAGAAGACUGAUGAUAUGGUUUGUUGCAAAGCUAAGACAACAAAGAAAUUCACAAUAAACCUUUUAUCUGCACUGUA